AUGGCUCGUAAUUGCCGUCAUCCUGGUCCUUGUCAAUCCCUGGUUCAACCAAACGGGGUGAUGCUCCGUAUGGCUUAUUCUAUGCUUGCCGGGCUUCCUCCGGUUUACGGACUAUAUGUGAGCUUUAUCGCACCACUUUUCUACGCCGUGUUCGGACGUUGUGCCCAACUAUCAAUGGGUACAUUUGCCGUGGUCAGUCUGUUACUUUCCGAACCGAUUCGUCGACUGUGCGCUCAGAUUUCCGAACAAGCUCGAAAGAAUCACACAGCAGAGUACGGUGGACUUAUUCCAGUUUGUUUUGCCCCAGAUGAUAUCAGACAACUUGAAGGCGAUCCAAAUCUGUUCGGUAUCUCACCGGAUCAAUUGUUCGAUUUACGACCUCCAAUCGCAUUCACUUUAACAUUUCUUAUUGGAAUAUUGCAGGUGAGUAAAAAGACAGAUAUUACUAUAUGA